UCAGAAAACCGACUUGAGAGGGACAACAAAGCAUGACUUAACAUUAAUCCAGGAACAGUACCUAUCAAUGAAGCGACCGAUUUAGACUCUCAACAGAUUUGGACUUGUUCACAAUGGAAGAGGUGUUUUUCAAAUCAGCGUUACCUGCGCAGGGCUCGUUGGUACUGGAUGACUCCAGUCUGGCUCUGCCGGCAGAGCCGACUACAAAAUCCUCGACGAUAGUGAAUUCAAACGACCAGAGCCUGCGCGUUCAACAGCAGGUUCAGCUCACACUGGCGAGGAAGGCGAGAAAGACUGUGUCAAACGGUAAUGUCCAUUUACAGGAAAACACAGCAAAGAGCUUUGAUACUACAGAUGGACUUUUACUAAACAGGCAGGUAAAUGAAUUGGGCUUCACCAACCGCUCUCUUUCAAGCAGCCAUGUGCGGAGACCAUCCAGGAGGGUGGAAGUGUCUCCACCACCGAGCCCAGAGUUACCUCGCAGUCGAUUCAAUAAUAGUACCCUCCGUUUUGGGACGUACUCCCAUCGAGGACCUAGUCAGUCACGCAGGGUGGGCACUCUGCUGGACAAUUCAUUUGGUUCUGAUUCAUUUCGUCGCUAUGCCUUCUCAGAGACUCCCUGUGUCACGCGGCUGCAUGCAUCCACAUCUGCACACGGGAGCUUCCGCCAUAGGUCACUCAGAGAGACAGGAGCACCACAGCCUGUGCUUGCAAAUGCAGCAUUUCAGCAAAGUGGUGAAUAUGGCUCUCGCUGGAAUCAUAACCAAAGUGUUGUCAAAGAGGAGAAACACACUGUGCAGAGACAAAGUGGUGGUAUGAUACUUGGAGCUAUUCAGUCUAAUGAAGGCGUGUCCUGGUUGGCUCAAAUCAGGAGGGAGGAUCAGGGGCUCCGCAGACUGAAUUCAUACCCGCCCUCGGUUACCAGCAUGGAGGUGGACAUGGGGAGGCAGAUGGAAGUACAACUCCCCAUUCAGCAGAUGCUGACACCCAAUGUCAUGACACUGAAGUCAGAGAACAAGCCUCCAGAGAUGACGUUAGAGAGGGCCGUGAACCUGUUGACCCAGGAUAAUGAGGAAACACUGAUCUGUGCAGCCAGCCACAUACAGAAUCAAUGUUUCAGGAGUGCAGAUGCUAAGAAGAUGGUAUACUAUCUCUGUGGGAUUGGAAAGCUCCUGCAGCUCCUCCGCAGUGACAAUGAGGAGGUGCAGCGCGUCGCUGCUGGGGCUCUACGUAAUGUUGUUUACCAGAGCAGCGAAAACAAGAUGGAGGUGAAGGAAAAUGAUGGCCUGGCCGCCAUUUUGGAUGCACUGAAGAGCAGCCGUGAUGUGGAGACCAGACGAGAACUUACUGGUCUUUUGUGGAACCUCUCCUCUCAUGACCUUUUGAAGGAGCGCCUCUCCAGAGAGGCAUUAUCGGCCCUCACCCAGUCAGUCCUGGUGCCCAGUUCUGGCAUUUCUGAAGGCGAGAACCCAAAAGACGAGCUCCUAGCUGAUGCCGAUGUUUUCCACAGUGCUACCGGCUGCCUGCGAAAUCUGAGCUCUGCUGGGCCAGACAGCAGGAAGGCAAUGAGGGAGUGUGAUAAUCUGAUCGACUCUCUGGUCUACUAUAUCCGGGGAGCCAUAGCUGACUAUAAGACAGAUGACAAGUCCACAGAGAACUGCGUCUGCAUCCUACAUAACCUGUCUUAUCAGAUAGAGGCAGAGCUUCCUAACAAGUACAUUGGAGAUCUUCGAGAAUCUCGACAAAACUUGGCUCCCAAACCAAAGACUGUCGGCUGCUUUGCUUAUCGCAGUGCCAAGAUCACAGAGCAUCUGGAGCGACAAUGCCCCCUGCUGGAGGAGAAGGCCAACCCCCGUGGCAUAGAGUGGUUGUGGAGUACCAUCACUAUCCGGAUGUACCUGUCACUCAUUGCCCGCAGUGUGCGUCACUACACUCAGGAGGCUGCCAUCGGAGCCCUGCAGAACAUCACGGCUGGGAAGGGAGUGGUGACUGAAGCCAUCAGCUUCACUAUUGUUCAACGGGAAAAUGGCCUUCAGCAUGUCCAGAAGAUGUUAGAGGAGGGAGAGAGUGAUGUGAAGAGGACGGCCAUAUCUCUAAUAAAAAACCUCUCGCGCUACCAGGAACUGCACCCUGACAUCGUGAAGCAGGUGUUGCCAAACGUGGUGGGAAUGCUACCCAACGACGACACCGGCAUCGACCUGCCCACUGAGGUGACGUCCUCUCUGUGUCAUAUCCUGAUUAAUCUGAGUCAGAGCAACACGCAGCACAUCAGAGCCAUCGUCAACCAGGGAGCCCUCCCAAAGAUCAUCAACAUUAGCAGCAGGGACAACGGUUAUGGACCAACCAGAGCAGGUCAGGCAGCAUGCGUCCUGCUGCACACCAUGUGGAAACACAGUGAUCUCCAAGGGGCCUACAAGAAGUGUGGAUACAGGAAAGUUGAUUUCAUCAAUGCAAGGACAACAAAGGCUGUGAACUCAGGACGAGACUGAGGCAAGGAUCUAUAAAUACCAAACUCAAGCCAUACUAGUUAACAAUAACGGCACCUGCGUUCCCUAAUCACUAAAUGCACUGUUCCUUCUGUAAUGGACCGUCUGUGUCAUAGUUUAGUAACUGUUUUUUUUCUCAAGGCUGCAGACAAAACAUUGUGAACCAUGCCUGCAUUUCCCUUAAAGGUCUCAUGAAAUGGCUUAAAAAUGUAUUUUGUUUUUGGAUAUGUUGCUGCAGCUUAACGCUGCUGUCAGUGUUAGCUUAAGGACAAACAUGCCAUUUUGAUUAUAUGACACAGGGAAAGAGUGGGAUGUUAUUUUAAAAUAGAGAUCAUGGAUAACAGAACAAUAAUACCACUGAAACAAGAAGAACAUUACAGAACAUUACAUUUUUCAUUUCAUGGGACUUUAAAGCACUUUUUAGUUUUGUUGACUUUCCUCAUCAAAUACUUCCGGCCUCUGUCUUGGUGCCUCUUGGUCAGAAAAACUGAAAACAUAAUGUGUCUCUAACAGAGAUAAUGAAUGAAACUUAAAAUAUUUAUAUUGGUGUAGCUUUUUACUGUAGCAGCAGCUUAAAGGGACCGUUCACCCCAAAAUCAAAAGUACAUAUUUUUCCUCUUACCCGUAGUGCUGUUUAUCCAUCUAGAUUGUUUUGGUGUGAGUUGCUGAGUUUUGGAGGUAUCGGCCAUAGAGAUGUCUGCCUUUUUUUGAAAAUAAUGGGAUUAGAUUCGGCUCGGCUUGUGGUGGUCAAAGCGCCAAAAAAAAAGGUAUUUGCAAAAUUCAACAGCAACGUCUCUUUCCAGGAAUCAUGACCCAAUUACUCAAGAUAAUCUACAGACCUUGUUGUGCGCAGUUUCAUGUAGGAACUAUCGAUAAGCCGAUAACCACAAGCCAUAUAGUACCAUAUAGUUCCAUUGUAUUCGAGAGAAGGCAGACAUCUCUACGGCCGAUAUCUCCAAAACUCUGCAACUCACAUCAAAACAAUCUAGAUGGAUAAACAGCACUACAGGUAAGAGGAAAAAUAUGUACUUUUGAUUUUGGGGUGAACGGUCCCUUUAACAGUUGAGAAUACUGUUUUGUGUGUUUGUUUGUUUUAGCACUUCAGGUGACAUAGUAAUUAAACAAAGAACCACAAUGAAAAUGUUCAAACAUUCACACUAAAGAAAUUGUGAAGGAUGAAAAACAAAUAAACAGCAUUAUUUUUGACAAACCAAUGAACUGUUUUGUAUAUGUAAAUAAAAUGUAUUUCUAAAUAGAAUGAUUUCCUACUGUAAAACACAACAAGAAGAUGACCUCUUGCUCUCUGACUUGAGUUGUUUCUUCAAAUGAAUAAUAAAAUAAAUUACUUAAGAAAGUAAAA